GAAGGACUAAGCUGAGAGGAGGAGAGUGAGCAUCUGCGGUGAAAGCUGGAGGAAAAGCUCUGCCAACUCACACAGCGUCUCCCGGUACCUCUCUCAAGUGCUUCUGAAGCUCCUGACAGACAAUUACGGGAAAUUUUGCCAGUGUGAUUCAUGGCUUGAAUGCAAACCACUUGACAGACCAAGUCAUUCAGAGGAGCAAGCGAAUGAUUCUGGAUACUCUCGGAGUGGGGCUUCUGGGUACCAGCACCGAGGUCUGCCACAAAGUGACACAGUAUAGCAAGAUCUACAGCUCAGAUAUAUCCAGCACCAUCUGGGGCCACUUGGAUUUCCGACUGCCUCCUCUGUAUGCAGCUUUUGUGAACGGAGUGGCUGUGCACUCCAUGGAUUUUGACGACACGUGGCACCCAGCCACACACCCGUCGGGGGCUGUGCUCCCCGCCGUCAUCGCGCUCGCCGAGGCCUUUCCUCAGGACAAAAAAAUCUCAGGCCUCGAUCUGCUCUUAGCUUUCAAUGUGGGAAUCGAAGUGCAAGGCCGGCUGCUGCGCUUCUCCAGCGAAGCCAGGAAUAUUCCAAAAAGGUUCCACCCCCCGACUGUGGUUGGCACGAUGGGGAGUGCAGCAGCUUGUGCCAAACUUCUAGCUCUUGACCGGCCAAAAUGUAAGAACGCCCUGGCUAUUGCUGCCUCCUACGCAGGUGCCCCACUGGCUAACGCGGCAACCCAAACGAAGCCCCUCCACGUGGGCAACGCCGCCAAGCACGGACUGGAAGCGGCGUGCUUAGCAUCCCAGGGCCUUCAAGGGAACAAACAGAUCUUGGACAUGGAGUCGGGGAUGGGUGCCUUUUACACAGACUACAGCCCACAGACUCUGCCAACCUUGCAGUCCUACCCUUGGCUGUUGGACCAGCAAGACGUGGCCAUCAAACGCUUUCCCGCCCACCUUGGAACGCACUGGGUGGCCGAUGCGGCGUCUUCUGUUAGGAGGAAGCUUGUGGGGAGCAGCGACGGCUUGCUGCCCCUUGAUAACAUUGAGAAGGUCGUUCUCAAAGUCCCAGAGGUCAAAUACGUGAACAGACCCAGCCCUGCCUGCGAGCACGAAGCCCGACACUCCUUCCAGUUUGUUGCGUGCUCUGCUCUGCUGGACGGCAGCAUGUCAGUCCAGUCCUUCACCAGUGAGAAGGUUCACCGGCCGGCCUUACGGGAGCUCCUCCGCAGAACGCAGCUGGAGCACCCUCCAGAUAACACCCCCAGCUUUGAGAGCCUUUACUGCGAAGUGAGCGUCGUGCUUCGGGACGGCAGCACCAUCAGCGACCGCUGCGACACGUUCUACGGCCACUGGAGGAAGCCUCUGGAAAAGGAGGACUUGGAGAAAAAGUUUCAAUCCAACGCCUCCAGCGUCCUGCCCCCAGAAGCCACAGAAGGCAUCAUAGAGACCGUGUACAACCUGGAAAAAGUAGAGGACUGUUCCGUAUUAAGUAUGUUUUUAUCAGGACGGUGGGCCAGAGCGCUUUCGGAGAAGCUGCACCUCAUUUGAACGUUCCCACCAGCACCCACAUGCUGUUCCUAAGGCAAGCACCGAAUUGAGGACAAACUCUCAUUUAGUGACUCAAGCACUUUUAAAUGGGGCUCCUGUAACGCAAGAGCCACGCUCAGUCCAAUCUUGUGUUUUUUCAACUAAGUAAAUAAUUUAGCGACUGCGUGCACAGCUCAGCCGGGCUGAACAGCAGAUCCUCUGCUGGCACCACUCGACUUCAAUUAUCUUUGUACCUCCAGAGGCAGAGCGCUGCCUGUGCGCGACGCAAAAAUUUCCCUGCUCUUCUGCCAAAAAUAACCACCCAAGUCUGUUCCGCUUCUGUUAAAUAACUCCACCAAGGAAAUCCAGAUUCUGGAGGAGUAUGAAAAUGCUGUCACCGUGAGAAGGACAGAGGAUUGAAACCUUUAUCUGUUUGUUCCUGCAGAUUUAGCUCCAAAGCCUCCUUGGAGAGGCCACCUGCUACGUCAGGGCUUUGACGGCAGUGCUAAAAUAAAGGCGGCGUACAGACAGAGGAGCAGCACUUGAGCCACCAAGCUGGUGAGGGGCCUGGAGAACAAGUCCUAUGAGGAGAGGCUGAGGGAACUGGGCAUGUUUAGUUUGGAGAAGAGGAGG